AGAGGGAGAGCAACCCUGAACCUAAACAUCUACCACAGCAUUCUGCAGCUCCAUGCAGAACCCUCUGCUAUGUUCUGGUUGGUCAGGGGUUCAUCCUACAGCAGAUAAUGACCCAGAACAUCAGUCCAAGCUCUGCAGAACCACCUCAGGAACAAAGAACCAGAUGUUUGAGAACAUGGAGUCUCCAGACUUAAACCCAUGGAGCUGGUUUGGAUGAAGUGGACAGAAGAGAGAAGGCAAAGAACCUACAAGAACCUCACAUUUAUGGAACUUCUGCUGCAGACCUGGAAGAACAUCUGGUUUCACUGAUACGAACUCUACCUACUUUCAGUUAUGAAGGUGACUGAGUCUGUAAAACAUUUAGUUUUUGUUUCGUCUUUGACAGGCAGAACUUCAGUCAAACACUUAUUUCCAUGUAUUUACAUCAUGAAACUUGGUCAGAAACAUCUUGGAGUCAUUAGUCAUCAGUUUUAUCAUUUGUUUUUAGUUCAUCUUUACAGAGCAUGUUCAGCUGUUUUAUCUACGAUGAGUCCAAAGUUUACAACACAUCCUGGUUUCUACACUGAUUUUCUUUUAAACUUUAUUUGUUCUCUGCCUUUAUUUCAGAUUACGGUCAGACAUUAACACGCAGAACUCACAGUAAAAAAAAAUAGUUUUAAAACAGUAGUUUAUCCAGCCUAAGCAUCAGAAAACGUUAAAAAAUUAUCAUCCAGCAACUAACUAUUACUUUCACUGACAGUUAAUCUGUUGAUGAAUUUCUGGUUUUAUUGGUUCAUGUUUUGUUUGUAAAAGCUCAGAAAAUGUAGAAAAAUAUAGACAUCAUAGGAGAGAAAAGAAAGCAGAAAAUAUUCACAUUUAAUCUGCUGGAGUCAGAAAAUCCAAACCUUUGCUUUAAAAAUGACUCAGACUGAUUAAUGGAUGAUCAGAAUAGUUGGUAAUUAUUUAUUAUCUUAUAACUGAUCAGUUCAUGUUACCUCUAUGUGUUUUGUGUUCAGACUGUUUAUAAAAGCAGCUGGAGAUGUUUAGAAACUACAAACUGUACUGUUUCCAUUAAUACGUCUAAAAUGUGAGGCCUCAUAGAAACUAUAAAACACAGAAGUUUGACUGAAGACCGCAGAAAUAAAACCAUGUGUGUCUAUGACAGCUGGAUUCAGAUUAGAGGAGCUGAAUAUUUUCAUAAAACUAACCCUUCCAUGCAGCAGUGGUGAAGGUGUUUUCUAGGAAUAUCUUUGUAAAGAAAGUUUUUAUCAUUUCAUCUUCCAGCCAUUCCUCAAAAACAUCUUUUAAUAUCAUUCCUUACAUUCUUUCAAACAUGAAAUCAUUCUAAUGUGAACAAAAAUAUAAAAGAAGCAAAAACAUAAAUGAUUAUUCUGACUAAAAUGGUAUAAAAACACAUUCAUUCUUAUUUUUGACCCACUGACAGAAGAGUUUAGGUCCAGUCUGUGGACCAUCUGAGGGUUAAAGGGACGCUGCGCCUUUAAAGCGCCGGAGGAGGCGUGUGGCACGUUCACGGCGCGUCCGGUGUCUUUUGAAUGACAGCCGCUGUUUGUGACAUUGUGGCAGGACGAGGCUCUCCUGAACCUCAGAGAGCAGGACUCUGGCUGAGAUGCGCUCCAGCUGCUGCUCCUGUUUUUACGCGCUCCGCUCCGUUCAUGAAGCUCCACGCGUGUCGGCUCCGUGGAUUCGCAGACAGUGAGAGGAACUGAGGAGAAGAGCUGCAGACAGAGUUUGUUCACGGAUGCGUUGAAGUGUCUGCAGGAUGUACACCAUCAGCAGAGGUCCCAGCAAACUGGUCACCCAGAGGCGCACAGGACCAACACAACCUCUGGAGAACAAAACCAACGACUUCAAGCACAAACAGACGUCCUGGAACCUGCCAGACCUUCCUGCACCAAAGAUCGUUUUCACUCGUCUGAGCGGUAAGAAGAACCUCCAGCCGGCCUCGGCUCGGCCUGCAGACCUGCAGCCUGACCCAGGGUUCAGCGCCGCUCACGAGGAAAACGUCAACUUCAUCUACGAGGCCUGGCAGGAGGUUCAACAGCAGGAGCAGGGCCCAGAGGGGGCCCAGAGAGUGGUCCACUACAAAGAGACCAACCCCAGCCCACAUGUGGACACCUUUGUGCCCAUAGAUCUGGAUGAAUGGUGGGCCCAGCGCUUCUUGGCCAACAUAGACAAGCUUUCCUGAUCCUCAUAUCUGGGAUUUGAUGCUGCUGGACAGUCAGGAGUGAGACCUGGAGGAGCAGGAAGCCUGGACAGGAGGUCUGAUGUGAUUCAGAUGAAGUGAUGGUGCUGGGACGCUGGCAGACAAACCGAAUCACUUCAACUGUUUCCUUCUAACUGCAGUCCGUCGGUCUCUGAAUGUUCUGAGACUCACAGGAGGAAGACGUCCUGAAGCCGAGGUUUCUCUCAGAUUUUCAGAUGUUACUUUGAAAUGCAGUAAAUUGUAUUUUCAAGAA